GCCGUCCACGCUUUUUUAUUAAAUAAAUAUUUUACCGCCAUUUCCUUCUUUUUUUGUUCUUCGAUUCUCUGACUUCAAAAACAGAAUGAGCGCCAGAGCGAAUCAAAGUGAAUGAACGCCGCCAAUGCCACCACCAUCGCCGCCGCAAUCAAACACUGCAAAACCCAAAAACAGCUCCUUCAACUCCAUGCCCGCACCAUCACCAACCCCUCUCUCACUCCACCCGAUUUGAUCAUCCCCACCCUCCUCCACGCCUUCAUCUAUCUCCUCCCGCCCUCCUCCUUCCCCCCUGCAACCGCUUCGCUCAGAUAUGCCGUCGCUCUCUUCAACCGCAUCCAAAAACCAUCGACCUUCUCCUUCAACAACAUCAUCAGAGCCCACACCGCCCUUUCCUCCCCUCUCUCCGCUCUCCGCUUCUUCGCCCGCAUGCGCCGCCUCUCUCUCCCUCCUGACUUCCACACCUUCCCUUUCGCCCUCAAGGCCUGUGCCCAUCUCGGGUUUUCUGCAUUCUCCGUCUCCCAAACCCUUCACUCGCAAUCCCUCAAGUUCGGAUUCGCCUCUCAUUUGUUCGUUUCCAAUACCCUCAUCCAUGUUUACUCAAUCUGCCAUAAUUUGAGCCACGCGUGCAAGGUGUUCGACGAAAGUUCCCACAGGGAUGUUGUCUCCUACAAUGCCUUGCUUGAUGCCUUUGUUAAGGCCGGUGAGAUUUCGAGAGCACGCCAACUGUUUGAAGAAAUGCCUGUCCGAGACUCCGUCUCAUGGGGUACUGUUUUGGCCGGGUGUGCCCAGAUGGAUCGGUGCGAGGAAGUGCUUGAACUGUUUGAUCAGAUGCUCAGUAUACGAAAUAGGCCUGAUGAUGUCUCUUUGGUUUCUGCUCUUUCUGCUUGUGCGCAGCUGGGUGAUUUGGAACGAGGGAAAAUGAUCCACGAUUACAUAAAACAAAACAGGAUUCGACUGGGUUCCUACUUCCUAACAGCAUUAGUGGACUUUUAUGCAAAAUGUGGGUGCAUUGAGACCGCCAUGGAGAUAUUCGAAUCGAAUCCAGAUAAGAAUGUGUUCACAUGGAAUGCCAUGCUUGUCGGGCUUGCAAUGCACGGCCAUGGCAAGCUGACACUCGCUUUCUUCUCCAAAAUGACAGAGGCUGGAGUUAAACCAGAUGGGGUGAGCUUCUUAGGAGUUUUAGUAGGGUGCAGUCAUGCAGGUUUUGUAUCUGAAGCCCGAAAGCUCUUCAACGAAAUGGAAUCAGUCUACGGGGUCCCUCAAGAGCUCAAGCAUUAUGGGUGCAUGGCUGAUCUGCUCGGGAGGGCAGGUCUUAUCAAGGAAGCCAUGGAGAUGAUUGCGAAGAUGCCCAUGGGGGGCGAUGUGUUCGUGUGGGGUGGGUUGCUUGGAGGCUGCAGAAUCCACGGCGAUGUUGAAAUGGCGAAGAAAGCAGCGGAGCAGGUGAUGGAGUUGGACCCUGAAGAUGGUGGAGUGUAUUCGAUCAUGGCGAAUGUUUAUGCGACUGCAGAGAAAUGGGACGAUGUUGUAAAUGUUAGAAAAUCUAUCAAAGACGCUAAGAAGGUGAAGAAGAUCAGCGGUUGUAGUUUGAUUCGAUUGGAUGGAGUCACUCAUGAGUUCAUUGCAGGGGAUUGCUUGCAUCCUAAGACAGAGGCUAUAUAUCUGGUUUUGAAUGGUCUUCAGAAACAUCAGUUCGAAGCCUGUUAACCAAAACAAAUUUUUAUUCCUUAUUUUCACAAAUCUUAAACAAAAGUUGAAAUUUUGGGUGUAUCUAGCUAAUGACAUUGUGUGAUUGGUUUAUGGAUUCGUCGUUGGCAGUUUGCCUAAUUAACUUAAA